AUGGAAGGACGUCAGCUCUGCGUCUUCCAUGCCUGCAGCUCCCGAGAUCUCCCGCUCUAUAAGAACACGGAGCAGCCCUUCAGAGACAACUUGGGAAUGGUGGUCGUGCCGAGCAGCGACGAGGAUUUCCUGCUGGAAAAUCCGUCCCACCUGUCCUACCUCUCCGAGGACAUGGUGGAUGUCUCCCAAAUCGAGCAGAAGCUGCUUCCAACGCUUCGGGAAGGAGACUUGCAGGCCACGGUGCAGUUGCUGGGAGCCGCCGCCGCGCGUUUCCUGCUGGCCCCGAGCAAUGGCGAGGGCGACCUGCAGGCAGACUGUGUCAAGCUCGGUGCAAAGCGACUCGGUGCCACCUUGCUUGCAAAGACGAGGGAGGAUGUCAAGGGGACCUUCCAGCGAGCCCUAGGCCCUGAGGGCGUCCUGAAGGUGGAGGACCUGCGCAAGUUCCUGCAAUGCAUCGACCCGACGCUCAAGGAGAAG